AUGCAGCUCAAGUGCAUCAAAACUUGUUGCCUCUUGUGCACCAUGAAUGAGCUUGAUCCAUUUGUAAGAAGAUCAGGGUUAGCUAAAUGCUUCAGUCAGUUGCAUCUCAUAGAAGAUGAAGACCUAGUAAUCACCUUGAAUGGCCUCUGGAACGUGGCACUGUCGCAGCCAGACGAUGCUGAAUUCCCAUCACUCGGCAUCUUCAAAUGCAUGGCUAAACUCAUUGAUAGAAGCAUCAAUGACGGAAACUGGCCAUCAAGGGGAAAAAAUGCGUGCGUCCCUUAUUACGCAGCGCAUAUCAUUGGUUCAUACACCAUGAACAAGGCACAACUCGCGGAUAUAGCUAUUAAAUCCGGGGUUAUAGGGCCACUAAUGGAGCUUCUUAGAGGUAAGGCCAGUUGGAUUGAGCAAAGAGUCGCUGUUAGGGCCCUUGGACACCUUGCUAGCCAUAGAAGAGCAUUUAGAGCCAUUACCAUCCAUGAAGAGGAAAUAAUAAGCUUAUCCAAGAACAUAGCCUCCACUUGCUUUGGUACUGUCUACAAUGAAUUUGUAAGAUUGAAAAGUCACAAAAGAGUGGAAUAUCAUCGUGAUCUCAUGACGAGAGGGUGCGGGGGUUUGGAGGUGGAGAAUAAGAAGGCUGAGGAAUGGGCUAGCCAACUCCAAUGCUGGUCCCUCUAUCUUCUCAACUGCUUUGCUACCAAAAAGAGGUCUCUUAAUCUCAUCUGCGACAGAGAGUUCUUGGAAGACUUGACUGGUAUGUGGGGGGGCUUACAGAAUCAGAGUUCUUUUUCUGGUGUUUGCUUAAUAAGAAGCCUUUGUCUCACUAAAGAUGGUAGAAGAAGCAUUGCCAAUUCGAAGCAAGUUAUAGUGACUCUUUGCAAUCUAUCUAGGUCUUCUGAUAAAAGGCAAUACAAGGCAAUUGAGAGCAUUCUUUCACUUCUUCAGGAUCAAGAAACAAGAUUUGUAGUGAUAGAGUUUGUCGUACCUUUUCUGGUCGAUUUGGUUGAACUUAAAACCAUUAGAGGAGGAGGAUCAACCACUGUUGGAGACAGAAUCACACGAGUGCUUUUGCAAGAUUAUGGAAGAAUCAAGUGCGGCCAAUUAGCUCUGAAGAACAAGAAAUCUCAAAAUGCUCUUGAUGAGGUGUGGAACUUAAAAGUGGAGAGAAGAAAGAAGGAUAGCAUGACAUCCGAACAAGAUGUCAGUGAAAGAAAAGUCAUGGUGGGCAUGUUGAAACGUGAGGGAAACCAGAAAUUUUUGUCAGGUGAUACUGAGGAAGCUGUGGCAGUUUACACCAAGGCUCUGGAGUUGUGUCUUUUAAAUAUGAUAAAAGAAAGAAUUGUCCUCUAUAGUAAUCGGGCUCAAUGUCAUCUACUCCUCAGAGAAGCAAAAUUAGCCAUUAGUGACACAACUAGAGCUCUAUGCUUAUCUGGUGCCCUGGGUCCUCACAGCAACAGCCUAUGGCGAAGAUCACAGGCUUAUGACAUGCUAGGGAUGGCCAGACAAAGUAUGGUGGACUGCUUGAUGCUCAUCAAUCAAUGGACCAAAUUUAAAGCUAAAGGGCACGUGAAGAUCCCAUACUAUGCAGUCCGCAUGUUUAACAAACAGAUCAGUGCAACGUCUCCAUUUGGGACUUCGACACCCAACCUUAAGAUCAUCGACAGCGGGGCACGAGAGUCUAUGGCUUCAGGGGACCAAGUUGAUCAGCAUCGGAGAAGAUGA